AUGUCUGCGACAGAAGUACAGGAUAUGAACGGGACGCAGGCGUCACCCGCGCCCGCUUCGAACGCACCACCUGCGCCGGAUAACGGGUAUCCCGAGCAGAGACAUGCAGGUGCGGUCGGGUACGGGCCUGAGUAUGGCAAGGGCGCGGGACCUGGCGACAAGUUCCAAGGCCUCUUCGAGGAGGCGAAGGGGAAGGUCCUUCGGAAGCCGGACGUCGCGCAGCACGGCCGCGACUUGCGUACCGGCAUGCUGAAGCAGCGUGAGAAGGAGCAGGACAACGCUGAGGACCCCUUCAAGAAGGUGGAUCAGGGGGACGAUGCUGCGCACCAGGUACCCAAGGACGACACGGACGAGCGCAUGGCGCAGCCACCGUCGGUGGAAGAUUAG